GAGUUCGCGGGUACAGUUUCGCUAUAGCGAUAUUCUUUUUAUUUACUACCCGUAUUCUAACAGACCACGCCCCAAAUCGCCUUGUGCGCUUCUAACCAAUCCGAACGCAGGACGAGCGACAGCAGUAGCCAAUCCUCGAAUAGAAUGCAAAACUGCCACGCAUACUCUGAGCAGAGCUGAGGACGUAGUGGUUUGUAUUGGAACCGCUAGCCAAUCACAGCGAGUGUAGGCGGGGCUUGUCAGAAUAUGGGUGGGGAAAAGUGGAGCUGAUGGGCACACAUUCAUGUAUCGAGCUGCACAGACACUCGGAGUGGAGAGCAGUGUGGCGGUGCGACCGGCUUGUUGUGCUUAAAUAGGCCAGAAAUCUGCUCUGGCUGUAACAUUACUGCACAUUAUUCAGAUUUAUAUCAGUUUGAAAUGAGUAUGGGCCGGAUAUGAGGGAGAAUACGACUAAUAUUGCGUUAAAUUUGGGCUUAACAUAACGUUAAGUGACUGUUAACCGCCGGUUAUUUCUCCUGGCUUUCGCGUAUAGAGGAGAUUUUACAUAUGCCCACGAUGGAUCCAUAAUCCAGGAUAAAGCUCUAAAAAGCUCGUGGUGUCUUUUUGCAUCUGUGGCUUGAAAGUUUCUGGCUGGACAUGGUCGCGUGGCUCGGUGCUAACAGCGCCGCCAGUUGUGCAGCACGCAGCCAUGUGUACGAGCGAUCUGGUAGAAAAUGAGGAUUGGACGUGAGCUACGUGCGCAUCUGGGAGGAGACGAGAUGAAAUGGAGAGCUUGGGCAGCGCGGACCUUGUAGAAGAAAGAAGCCCCUCUUGCGGAAACACCAGCGUUUGCUCCAAGCCAGAGAAAGAGGCCCACGGCUCGACUGAGAAAGGAGGACAUGCGGUGGUGAACAUGGGGCUGAAGGCUUACUGCAUGCCCGCGGCUGGGAGCAGCACGGCAGCUGAGCUGCUGGCUGACCUGGCGUCUAAAACAGUGGGGCCUGGGAUCACUGUGCUGAAGAAAGAGUCCAAAACCGGCGUGCCCUUGUGCAAUGGAGGGGUGCUCCCCCCAACAGCCACUACUGAGGCCAGCCACUCGGGGCUCCCACCGGCCCAUACCCCAAAUGGUUAUAGGCAGGUAAAAGGACUGGCUGAAACUCAGAAUGGCUUCAUGCUGAGAACAGUGGAAAGCUCAGUACAUGAAAAAUGCCCACCACUUGUGACAAAGCGAGCAAAUGGGGAUUUAAAAUGCAGGCAGCCUCAGCAUCAGAGACGGAAAGAUGAUGAGAGUAGGGCCACGGGCUCCUGGGCUUCUGGCUCUCUGGAUGGAGCCAGUUCGGGAGUAGGAUCAUCAUCGGGAUCCCAUGCUUUAGAAGUACCCAAUGGGUUGGACCCUUGUCCGCCUCCAGAAUGCAAAAGGAGGAGGGUAGAGGCCGAGGCGAAAACAGAGAGUGGAAAAAGCACACAAGCGGUAGUGACCUUUGCACCCAACAGCCAGCAGCACCACAGUCAUAGCAGCAAUUCCUUUACUAUGUCAUCUUCACCCAACAGAGUCAUCCACCACAACAACAACAACAACAGACACAAAUUAACAUGGAAUGGCACACUGGCAAAUGGGUCCGCUUCAAAUGCACCCUCAGUGACUUCAGGGAUGGGAGCUGCCGAUGGUUGGUCUGCAGAGCGCAUCGCCCAGCUGUACAUAGUGCCUUGUAUGAAAUACUAUGGCAUCUGUGUUAAAGAUGGCUUCUUAGGUCCACGCUUGGGGGACCAGGUCCUAAAAGAAGUGGAGACGCUGAAUCAGAGUGGGAAGUUUCGUGGGGGGCAGCUGGUGAGCCAGAGGAGCAUCCCCUCUAAAAACAUCCGAGGAGACCAGAUAGCUUGGGUGGAGGGUAAAGAACCCGUCUGUGAAAGUAUUGGCAUCCUCAUGGCACACAUCGAUGAGGCCAUCAUGCACAGUUCUGCCAAGGGCCAGCUUGGGGAUUAUGUCAUUAAUGGCCGCACUAAGGCUAUGGUGGCGUGUUACCCUGGCAACGGCACAAGAUACGUGCGUCACGUGGAUAAUCCGAACGGAGAUGGGCGCUGCAUUACCUGUAUCUACUAUCUGAAUAAGGACUGGGACGUGAAGGUGCAUGGGGGCAUGCUGCAGCUAUACCCUGAGGGGCGAAAUGUCGUUGCCAACAUAGAACCGCUCUUCGACCGCUUGCUUAUUUUCUGGUCGGACCGGCGGAACCCUCAUGAAGUCAAACCAGCCUACGCCACACGCUAUGCCAUCACAGUUUGGUACUUUGAUGCAAAGGAGCGGGCUGAGGCCAAGGAAAAGUACAGACUCGCUGCGGGACAGAAAGGGGUGGAGGUACGGGUUUCUCAAAGCGACAACACCUAAAAUCUCACCAGCUCAGGGCAGCACAGCGUGUCCUUCCGAAUACGUGCCUACUCGCACUGUUACCUGAACAACUGUUUUCAAGGGGAGACAUGGAGAGAGUGCAUGAUGGGCAGCUAAGGCCAAUACAGCCAGACAAUCCCGGCAACUCCUCGGACUAGACCUCGGACUAACCAAUCAGACACUUGGGUGAGACUCUGUUGGCCGCCGGAGAGACCGGGAGGAUGCUGAGCAUAUACGGAGGAUCGCUAUUGAAUUGGUCACUGAUUCUGUCAGUCACACACAGCUUGGCCGUGAUUGAAAAGCUGAAAACGUGUGGAUUUUUCUCACUUCACACGAACAUGCCAAAAUGUUUGCCAGAGGACCGUUAUUGGACCUUUUUGCCUCUUUGUAUUAAGUACUGUUUUCUUUUAUUUGUUGAAUAGUAAGAAAUAAGCUUCUCUCUGGUCACACAUGCUCCUUAUAUAAUAAGUAUUAGCAUGUCCUUACGGAGAAUACAGCUGUGACUCUACCAGAAUGGAAGGAGAAGAGAAGAAAAGGAACAAGACCUCAGCAGACUUUGUCCUAACCAUAUCAUAGCCUCAAUAAGGGAACAGUGUUAAUGGGGAGCACUACCGAUUAAACAAAUGAAAAAUAAAUUAACUACACCUAGAUUGACACCUGACUAAAACACAGUAUCUGGCAAGGUUUGGAGACAUUUCAGAGUGUGCACAGAACCUUAAGACUGCUGGUACUGAGAGCAAAAGCUUAGACAGUUGCCCAAACAUCCCAUCAACUCAGAUCAGAGCAUUCACGGUCAAGCAUGCCUCCACUAAUACACCCCAAUAAGUGUGUAUAACCUGGAGAACACAUUACCACAGGAGUACAGCAGGAGGGUCAAAACAGGGUUCGCUGAAUGUGACCUUUUUUAUUUGUGUGUAUGUGUGCGUGUGGGCAUAUGUGUGUGUGUUUUAUCAAGUGAGAAUUUUAGCUAGUCUAUCAUGGCCUACCCUUGCCUGUAACAAAUGUAACAAACUAAAUGGCCUUCUGUUCUCGUUAGGAAGCACAGACGAAGUGAAGUUUGAAACAGAUCUAUGCUAGUAUGCCUUUAAUAGGUCUCUCCUCGAGACUUCAUGGUGAUGCACUUGCCUGAGUCAUCUUCAGAAAUAGUGAGCUGACUGUUUCUUAUUCCUAUAGUCUAAACAAAUAUGGCUUAUUCUUCAGUGCUUAAGCUCAUCAGGUCAGCACAGAAAACGAACAUCUGCUGUUUCUCUGCUAGGACUCUAGACUAGCCGCUCUAUCCUUGUGCCUAUGUUUCCAAGAAGGCGCUGCAUGUUCAAAUGCAGAAUAGUAGAGGAACUGAAGUGAAUAUGGAACCGGGGUAAAUAAAACUGUCAGGAUAAAGAUGCAACACCUACAAACCAACAAACAACUGCAAAAGUUGGGUAACCUGGUCAAAUUACACAUUUGUGUUUUUUUUUUAAACAGUCCUGUUAUGUUGUGGGUUAAGCAAACAAACAGGGUGUGUGAUAAACAUUCAAUUCAGAAAAAAAGGAUAAAUUAAAAAAAUAUAUAUUUUCUGAAUAAGGCAUGCCUUAAAUUAUCAUAAAUAAACCAUGAUCUGCAAGGAAUGCACAAAAUAUGUCUUAAGCCCUAUCCAGACAGGAUUAGUUUUUCAGGGGGACAUAUGUGAAAAAUAUUUCACACUUCUACUCAGUAAUAAAACACUUGCAUCUGGACUGCAAUUAAAAAAACAGGAGGACCAGUGAGUUUUUAGGCUUUCUCUGUCACAUGACAUCGUGUUCAGUAGCUCCUCCAUUUCCACUCCGUGGAAACGCGCAUCCAAAGUGUAAUUAGGGUGCAUGGCAGUAGACAAACUCAGAGAUGUACAUCCGAACAGGACUAAAAUUACUGGAGGACCACAGAAUGCAGUGAAAAACAGUAGGUAAUUUAGCCUGUUAUUUUUUUUAGACGACAUCUGAGAAAAAACAUAUGCACAGUUGUUCCAGACGGGAAUAAAAUCACAGAGAAUCCCCCAAAUAAAGGAGAAAAUUACCCCAGGACCCCCUGAGAAACUAAUCCCGUCCAGAUAGGGGUAUAUAUUGUUUAAUGUGGUUAAACAUGCACCGGGUCAGUUUGAUCAGGGAACAUUUAUUGCUGUUCCUUAUAGUUGAACAUAACAAGGUAUUAAGUGUAAACAAAUUCAGAUUUUCUACAGAGAACUCACUUAUUCUGCACAUUUGGAAGCCUAAUUAUUGUUUAUUUGCUUAAUUAAGCAUAUUACAAUAAUGUGAAAUGUGAAAAAGUGAUGGCACAUUUCAAUUUGUUUGUUUUUCUAUUUUUGCAAUAUGUAAAAUACAGAAGAUAAAUGUGCUUUAAAAAGUGCAGAAAUAUUUAGGGAUGCACCAAUCUGGGAUUUCUGGGCUGAUUCCGAUAUCCAGUACUACUUCAUCAUGCAUCCCUAGACAUAUUAGUAGAUUUUAAGUUUGUUUCCUGUAGAAUUGAUACUAUACUGUGAGUUCACUUCAACAAAAUGUGUAGUUUGACCAUAGAUGCCCAAACUUUUCAUAAGUAUGAGGCCCCAUCCACACAUAUCCGGGUAUUUUUAAAAACCUGAAGUUUUCCUCUGUUUUUGUCUCCCAUUCACAUGAAAACGUUGUUUUUUCCAAGGCAGAUUUUUUUUUUUUUUGUGUGGAAACAAGUUUAAAAACAGUUCCCACAAUAUCCUUAAAAACUGCAUAGGUCAUAACCACAAUGAGUUCAGAUUUCCACAUGAAUAAAUGUAAAUACUGUAAUAUUACAAAUAUGUGUGAUACUCUCUUUAGAUUAAGAAUCUGUAAUUGUUUUGUGACCUGCAUAGUACACUAAUUGGGGAGUAGUGUGUAAUUUAGGAUUAUUUUUUUUUCUUUCUGCUUGGUGUUUUAAUGUCUCCUUUUUAAGCCCCAUACAGUGUUCGCUAGCUUGUUCAAACAUUUGUAUCUGUAUGGAAUGAAACUUUUAUUUUUUAAAAGAUCUGGAUAUGUGUGGAUAUAGCUUAGGCCAUACAGUAUGUAGUGGCAGUUUGUCUAAAUACCAACUGGAAUUAGUUGGGCAAAAGCAUAGAAACAGUAAAAACUAAAAGGAGUCUGUCUUAUGAUUAAAUUUUAAUAACUAACAUUUAACAUCACCACUGGCUGAUAAAGGUGAUCACAAUAAUUUAAAAUAGAUUUUGGAUUUUUUUUUUCAGAAAAGUAUAUGCAUCACAUUAUCACUAAAAAAACCUUAGUUUUAGUUUACCAUAGAUGGAACUAUUGCAAAUACAGGAGAAGUGUGUGACCUGUAUCUUGUCUGUGGUAGUUCUAUUGUCUUUUGGCUGUUUCCAUUUUGGUCAUCAUUCUUCGAGACCACGUUCAAGAUUCUGAUUUGUUCCUUUUCUAAAUGCAUGUUCAUAUGUUCAUAAGUACAUAACUAUAUGUUAUGAGCAGCAUUGGAUUCUGGAGUCACAUUAAGGCCAGUUGGUUUCUUAAGGUUUGAACUGUAUUGAUUUUAGUCUGGAAUUGACUAGAUAACUAACUAUUGCAAAAGCAGACUAUACACACAUGCGAGUGGGUGUGGCCUGUCCUGUGUUGAGAUUGUUGGGUAUUUGCAGAUGGUCAGAGAAGUCAUUAACAAAGCACUUUAUUGUACAAAAAAAAAAUGUGAUGUCUGAAUGAGAGAGAAAAAUAUAUGGAAAUUGCUUUGUGAUGUGUAUAACAUGAUGAUUGAAAUGCAAUAGACAAUUUAAAAAGAAAAAGAAUGGAGAACAAAUUAAAUAUUUGCUAAAUUUU